AAUAAAAUUGUCACAGCCCCAGACAUGGGCUCUGCCAAGCUUGCACAUGCAAAGCUUUCCAACAUGCUGCUGCUGUUGAGCGUGGUUUCCUGUUCUGCUGCUGCUUAUGGGGGUGAGCCCAGCCUGGGCAAGAGGUCCUUGCUUCACUAUGAACACGAUUCCAGUGAUGCUGUUGACUCCUCUCAAGACACGAGGCUACAUGUUUUCACACUGGACUAUGACUAUGUGCAAAUUCCCUAUGAAGUUACCCUUUGGAUCCUCCUUGCCUCUUUUGCAAAAAUAGGUUUCCAUAUCUUUCACCGUUUACCAAGACUCAUGCCUGAAAGCUGCAUCCUGAUUGCCAUUGGAGCACUUGUAGGAGCAAUCAUCUUUGCUUCCCAUCACAAAUCUCCACCGGUGAUGGACAGUAGUAUUUACUUCUUGUAUCUCCUCCCACCCAUUAUCCUGGAGGAGGGUUAUUUCAUGCCAACUCGACCAUUUUUUGAAAACUUUGGAUCCAUUCUGUGGUGGUCUGUUCUGGGAUCUCUGCUAAACUCAUUUGGGAUUGGCCUCUCCCUCUAUGGAGUCUGCCAGAUUGAAGCCUUUGGCCUGAGUGACCUGAACCUGCUGCAGAACUUGCUCUUCGGCAGCAUGAUUUCAGCAGUGGACCCCGUGGCAGCUCUGGUAGUUUUUGAAGAAGCCUCCGUUAAUGAGCAGCUUUACAUGAUGAUCUUUGGAGAGUCACUGCUAAAUGAUGGCAUAACUGUGGUUUUAUACAACAUCUUCAUUGCCUUCACCCAGAUGCACAGGUAUGAAGAGAUUGAAUCCAUUGAUGUCUUUGCUGGCUUUGCUCGCUUUUUCGUAGUGGGGCUGGGUGGAGUCUUGUUUGGCAUCAUAUUUGGAUUUAUCUCAGCAUUCAUGACUCGUUUCACCCACAACGUCUCUUCAAUCGAACCCCUGCUGGUCUUCAUGUUCAGCUACCUCUCCUACUUGUCUGCUGAAACCCUUUACAUCUCUGGCAUUUUGGCGAUGACAGCAUGUGCAGUGACAAUGAAAAAAUAUGUGGAGGAGAAUGUUUCCCAGAAUUCUUAUACCACAAUAAAAUAUUUCAUGAAGAUGCUAAGCAGCAUCAGCGAGACUCUGAUUUUUGUGUUCAUGGGAGUGUCUACAGUGGGGAAAAACCAUGAAUGGAAUUGGGCCUUCAUUUGCUUCACUCUGUUCUUCUGCCUCAUUUGGCGGACAUUGAGUGUGUUUGCUCUCUUCUACAUCAGUAACAAGUUCCGAACAUAUCCCUUCACCUUCAAAGACCAACUCAUUAUUUCUUACAGCGGCCUCCGAGGAGCCAGCAGCUUUUCUCUUGCAUUCUUGCUUCCAGUGAAUCUUUUCCCCAGAAAAAACCUAUUCAUCACUGCGACCAUUGUGGUUAUAUAUUUCACUGUGUUCAUCCAAGGAAUCACAAUUGGACCACUGGUCAAAUACCUGGAUGUUAAAAAGACGAACAAAAAGGAAUCGAUCAAUGAAGAAAUUCAUGUGCGAUUGAUGGAUCACUUGAAGGCUGGUAUUGAAGACAUUUGUGGACAUUGGAGUCAUUAUCAGCUGAGAGAUAAAUUUAAGAAGUUUGACAAUAAGUAUUUGAAGAAAAUUUUAAUUCGGGAGCACCAGCCCAAAUCCAGCCUUGUGUCAUUGUACAAAAAGAUGGAGAUAAAAUUGGCCAUUGAGAUGGCUGAGAGUGGCAUGAAAAUUUCAAAACCAUCCACUACUUCUUUACAGAGCGGCAGGAAGCAGCGUGCACACAGGCUGUCCCCGGCAGAGGUGGAGGCCAUGAGGGAUGUCCUGGCACACAACCUGUACCAAGUGCGACACAGGGCACCAGCAUACAACCGGCACAAUCUUCCUGCUGACACAAGUGAGAAACAAGCGCAAGAAAUCCUCAUCCGUCGGGAACACAGCCUGAGGCAGAGUUGCAGGAAGGGAAACAGCUUGCCUUGGGGUAGACCGAUUAACACCACAGAACUACGCUACUUCUCCUUGCCUCAGGGUCCACGCCAGCCCACUAGAAGAAAAGCCAGGCACGUUACUUUUACAGAUCAGCAUAGAAGUGGCUCUGAUGCUGUGUUGCCGUUAACCUCGAGGUCCCAGCCCCGCCUACGGCCACUGGAAGCAAAGCAGCACGAGGAGCUGAUUCCAAUGGCACACUUGGACAGACGAGCUGGUCCAUGCAAUCUGUCAGGUCGAAGAGGAAAUUCAAUCAGGCGUCAUCGUUUCACCAGAGCAGACAAUCCAGCUCCAAUGCCAAAGGCUCGGUUCACUGUCAGAGAAGUGGAGGAGUAUGAGUCAGAAGAAGAGACAGAAACAAUGGCACCAGCCAGGCCAUUAGUUAUAUGAGGAGCAGACAUCAUCAGUGUUUGCAUCUCUAGGGCCCCUGCUGCACUGCUUCAAAACUAACAAAGCUUUUAUAUGAACCAAACUAUGAUUUUCCUCUGGGGACCAGUGUACUUGCUCUCGUAUCACUUUCAAGAGUUGUAUUAAGGUACUUAGUG